AUUUAUUGAGGUGCUGCAGCGCCUUUUCGUGGCUUCCCGUCUGGCGUGGCGGCGGAGCUGUUGUGUUCACGCCGUUGUGUGUUUUGUGCGCGGAGACGGGUCAGAUUUGAACCCAGUCAUUCUGUCUGGCGGGGUUUUCAUUGAGAGCCUUUCGGCUGAGAAAUGCUUAUAUUUGAAAAAUUAUUUUUUUUUGCAUUUUUUAAAAUUAAUUUAUCAGUUUUAUUCUGGGAUUUCUGCACGUGCACGUUGUUGUUUAAUUGCUUCUUUUUCGGCGCGUAUUUAUCGUCGGCUGCAUUAGGGCUACAUCAACACGGCUCGAGUUAAAACUCGUGUUCGUACACGUUGGUGAAUGGGGGCGUGUGCGCGGGGGAGGCCGCGUCAGCCAAUCAGCGCGCAGGACUCACCCACUGUGGGUCGGUUGUUUACCGCUCGCUGGAAACGCCCAUAAGGAGAGCCGGUGGGAAACCGUGGAUCCGGAUCCCGAGAAUCCGCUCACGUAAUUCGACCACAAAGACGCUUAGAAACCAAAGAGUGUCGCGUUUCAGGAAACCCAAAACGUCUAAACGCAACAAAUAUUGGCUUAGAAAUAAAAAAUAAAGGUAUUUUUAAUUUUGUUUUGUGGAAAUUCCUCGUCAAACUAGGCGUUGGAAUUGGGGUCCGUUCCGAUCCGUUCCGCUUUUUCGUUGUGUCCGUGAUUUCACCCCCUUGAGCCCGAGAUACAGUACGUUAGAGGCUGUCAGUGAGGGGGUGUGUUGCCCUAAAAAAAUAGUCUAGGCAUGGUGCAGUAUGCGAGUGGGUAGUUGUUGUUUUUUUGUAAUGCAGAGACCGAAUUAGUCUGGAUUAGAUACAGGUGAAACUCUCCUUUUCAUCUACAGGUUUUUGGAGAGCCUGAGCCGACAGCGUGGUCCAGCCCCGCCGAGAGACUAAGGGUAGGGCACAACAUGGCAGCUAUGAAGUCACGGGCAGGACCGGGGGCCACGCAGCCUGCAACAGAAGGAAAAGAAGGAGGCUUGAUCUACAUGCAGUGUUGUGGUCAGGAAGAUGUGGAUGCGCGGAAACACUGCCAGAACCCCGUCCAGUCGUCGUCAGGUCCCGGGAGAGUGUGGCCCGGUACGGCGGCCGUGCCGCAGUCAAACCCCUUCACGUUCCCACAGUCUUCCAACGUAGACCUGCCCUACAGGUAUAGGAGUCCUGAGUCAGUGGAGAUGGAUGAGAUCAUGGCUGCAAUGGUUCUUACCAGUCUGUCUUGCAGUCCAGCGGUCCAAAGCCCCCCGCAGAGAGAUCCCCUGCCAGCUGCCCCAGGGGACAUGGAAUGCGGUGGAGGGGAGCUCUCGGACAGCGGCAGCAGCGGCUACUGGAGCUGGGACCAUGGUAGCGUGAGCCCCGCCCCCUCACCAUCCGUCACAGAGACGGACGGCAGCGGGGGCCAUUCGGUGGAUGAGGGGCUGCAAAUGGAGCUGGAGCCUGGCUUGAGCGACGAGACGGAGAAUAGGAGGUGUAAGAGUUUGAGCAGAGGAGCAUACAGGUGUUUAUGGCCUGGCUGCGGCAAAGUGCUGACAUCACGGGUCGGGAUGAAACGUCACAUUCGAAUUCUCCAUUUGGGCGGAUCAGAGCAGUCCCAUAGAGAGGAAGACUUCUACUACACUGAAGUUUCCUCAGAGGAGGAAGAGCCGACACCGCCCUCUCCUGAUCCUUCAUUCUUCAGUGGGCCCUGGUCGUCCUGCAGCUCCACCCACAGCCAGUCCACUCAUGGACCCCAAGAGGCCCCGCCCCCGUCCAGCGCUCUCAGUCAGUCCGCCCCCAGCAGCGUGUGGCAGAUCCAUACAGAACAUCUCUACCAGGCCUGCACUCCCAUCGAGGUGACCGUGUUGCCUGGGUCCCCUGCGUCCUGUGAUCGACCUCCUCCUGGUGGCCUUCAGGCGAGACCUCAGAUCACCACCACCCGCAGCCGUUCCGUCAGCGUGGGAGAGCAGUGGCUACAGCGGAACAGCGCCCCCACCAGGUCACAGACCAUGAGUGCAUCACCCUCCAGAGGCCACUGCUCAUUCCGGAAGGGCCGAGGAGAGGCCAAAAAGUGCCGCAAGGUUUACGGUGUGGAGCGCAGGGAUCAGUGGUGCACUGCUUGUCGCUGGAAGAAAGCCUGCCAACGCUUCCCUGACUAAAAACAAAAAAAAGAACAAAAAAAAAAGACUUCAGGAGGCGAGAAAGAAUCGCCAUUUUUCCUUUUCUUUCCUCCGACCACUUUUGGCACUGUAGAGGACGGCAAGAACCCCUCUUCACUUUUGUACCUGUUUGUUUUUUUUUUUGUUUUCUUACGAGAAUUGAAAUUGCUUUUUUGGUAUCUUUUCCUGCAAAGUGACUGCUGGUGCUAGCUGUUGAGACUGUGCGUGUGGUGCGCUAGGGUCCCAGUUUCUUUUCCCUUUUAUGAAACAAAAAGCUUCGCCCUGUAAUUGAAAAAUUGUAUUUUUCUUCCUCGAUCCUGCACAUCUUCCCCGAGAUUAUUUAAGUGAUUGUCGGUUUUGGUAUAUUGUGAACAUGAACGUUUUUAUUGUUUCUUUUCUAUUGCUGUUUUCUUGGCCUGGAAGAUGUACUAGCGUGAUGUCAUGUAUUAUCUUUAUUUUCUACGUAUCUGGUCAGAUUUAUGGGUUUUUUUUGCUUUUAUACACAUUUCUUUUUUUUGACAUAAUGCCCACGUGUCAGCGCUUCCUAAUCAAGUGAAACUGCCAGAUAUAAAGCUAUAGUGAGGUUGAGUGGUGGAUCAGACAGUAAGAAAGUUGUAAGAGAGCGAUUAAGUGCAGCUAUAAUCUGUGAUCGAAUACCAAAGUGCUAUUGCAGUGUUGAUUCAAAGGGAGUUUGAUUAGAUGCUGCCCUGAAGCCAAGUUGGGCUCAUUCCUAUUUGUAAGUCCCUUGUCAUCCUCCUAAACAGUAUUAUGAUAUUUUUUGUGUAACAGAUCAAACUUUUGGGAACAUUCAAUUAACAUGGAAGUUAUAACAGCAAACUGCUGACAAAAGAGGCGGUUAAACACGACAACAAACACACAAAAAAAUAUGCAAAUAUGAGAAUCUGAUCGUUGCAUGACAAAUCACAAGAGAAAUAGUAAACUAUUUUAUUGGUAUUUGUGUGCAUUUUAUGUACAAGUUGGACGGUCUAAAAGAAAAGUGUACUUUGGAAAAAAGAACUGCAAUAUAUGUUUGAACUGUAUAUCAUUCACAAAGCCAAACUGUAACGUGUUUUUAAAUAUACAUCAUUCACAAAGCCAAAACAACAUAUAAAUGAAGAAUACUGUAAUGGACACUU